UUUGUGGUUAACAAAAUUUUCGGAAAAUAAUAUUGGAUUUUAUGUAAAAUAUACAUAAUUGGCGUGAUGACAGUUAGUUUGAGAUUCAUGCAUAUUUGUCGUUGAUGCGCGAUAUCGUUUCUGUGGCGCUUGUUGUGCGUUUGGUGUGUGUGCAAAAUGUAAAAGAUGUAAAAAUGUACGAACAAUCGUUGUCGUCGUCUUCGUCGUCGUCGUGGUGUAUGUCGUACAUGUCGUAUUUGUCGGUUGUCGAUUGUCGGUUGUCGUAUUUUGUAUGUAUGUAAUGUACGUGCUGUGUGUGAUGUGAUGUGCCUGUGCCUCCGCUGUGCCUGUGCUUCGCUGUGUACUGGUGCUAACGACGCUGCGCUGUCUGUUACUGAGUACACAACAUGUAGGGACGACACUAUGUCGACGGUACGGCCACGGCAAUCGCAAUCGCAAUUAGAAAAGUUCGGCGCAGCAUCGAUUUUUUCAAAACACACGCGACUCAAUCGGUUCGGUUGGCCCAAAAGGAAGGAACACCUUGAUUCCCCCCAGUAUUUGUAAAGCCUGCGCCCCCCGAUCGAUGGCAUAAGGCAAAAAGAUAAAGGAAACCAUAAGAGAUAGAAGAUAAGAGAUAUAGGAAGUGGGAGAAGUUUAAAAAGCCCAGCCGAAUGCAUGGCAAAAGGUUUGGUCUGCGAUGCAAAGUCACACAUAUUAAUCCAUGGUCAUCGCUGAUUUGUAUUCCCAAGGCAGAGGCUCUGAGGAACAGUAAUCCACUGGAAGCCCCACGCAAGAGAAAUGGACACAUCAAAUGCCAGCGCUAAAUCAAAGACGUCUGCGUCGGGCGGCAGUAGCAUCAAUGGUCUAGGAGCCCAAAUCAAGCAUAUAUCGUCGCAGGACAUCGCCUCCUCCAGCGCCUCUGUCCAGGAUGAGAAGAGCGAGUCGUCGUCGUCGUCUUCAUCGUCGUCGUCGUCCUCGUCAUCCUCGUCCUCGCCGCAGGCCACACUGCACCCGGCUGUGGGUGGCCAGCAUCAGAAUCCGGCUCUGAGUCUGCACCAGCAUCACAAUCCCAGCCAGAGCCAGAGCCAGCACCAGCAACAGCUCCAGCAACAGCACCAGCACCAGCACCAGAAUCCAAGUCAAAGUCAGAGUCAGAGUGCAUCGAAGGGUGCGACGACUGCCCUGGCGGUGCUGCAUCUUCCUCCGCCAACGGCGACCGCCUUAGUUCAAGCAAGUGCCAAUAUCCCGGACCUGGGCUCCAUGCCGCGUGCACGGCCAUCGUUCGCAUCGAACGCCAGCAGCACCAACGCCUCCGCCUCCGCCUCCACAUCGACGACCAGCUGCUCCGCCUCCUCGGCGACGGAUGGCGGCAAGCCCAUGGCCGUGGCUGCAAUACCCCCGGAAUCCAUCUCCACGUCGGAGCCCACCUGCUGUCCCCCCGGCUCGGCGGCCUCCUCGAUGGCCAGUGCCAGUGCCUGUGACUUCGACUCCGACACGGAACUCUCCAUUGUGGCAGCCGCGGCGGCGGUCUCGGCUGCCUCGGCCGGCAUCGAUUCGAGGUCCCCCUCCUCUCCGCCACCUGCGCCGGCCACUGGAAUGAUGCCCAGCCUGGGUUCCAGCGCGGGAGGAGGAGCUACACCCCUGGCCGGCAACCAGAGCGGCUUUGGAGCGGGCUCAGGAGCGCUGGUCGGCAACACCAAUGGCCACAGCACCACCUCCAGCAGCAGCACUCACCUGAGUCUGAAUGCCAAGCAGCAGCGCCAGCAGAAACGCCGGCGGGAGCGAGCCCAGCGCUUGCAGGCGGAGCGCGACAGUCGCUGCAAUGCCAGCUCGCUGGGCGGCACCUUCAUAGCCGGCUCCUCUGUGGGCGCCGGCAGUGCCAUGAGUGCGGCCAACGGAGGCGGAGCAGGAGCGGCGACCGGAGUGGGACCAGGCGGUGGCCUCGUCACGCCCAGUGGCGGUGCAUCGGCGGCGAUGGCAAUGGGCAAUGGAUCGGCGGCAGGACCCGGCAACAACAAUGGCAUAAUCUACCACAUCAAUAGCGCUGGCAGCAUGGGCGAGGAUAGCAACAACUCGAACGGCAACUUCACCAGCAGCAGCAACGGCAGCAACAACCUGCUGCCGCCCACAGAUAGUAUUGCAUCUCUGCUCCUAAAUCCACCACAUUCCCCCGAGUGCAACUCGGGCCUGAUGGCCACGCCCAGCGACAGCGAGGGCGAGUCGCUGGACGAGGAUCUGCUCUCGACCUCGUCCUCGUCGACGCUGCUCUUGCCGCGGGACAAGCCGCCGCCUCGGCCACCACCUCCGGUGCGAAGAAAGCUGCCGCGGUCUCCGGUGCUCGAGGAGGAGAUCAUCGACGGCUUCGCUAUACUGGAGUUCAAGACAUACGAGGAUCUUGAGUUUGCCAUCAAAUUGGGACAAAAGCGCAAGGAGAAGCGACUCUCGGCUCUGGACGAGCUAACCUGUACCUACAGCAUAGAGGAGAUGAAAAUCCCGAAGGUCAUCGACACGGGUCAAUCGCAGCCCUUGCGCGUCACCAGCCUUUCCACACUCACGGUUAACAACAACACUCUGAAUCUGAAGGAUAACCCCCAGCCUCUCCAUCGUGCCGGCAAUGUCAUGAACAGCAGCAACAACGUUAACAACAACAAUAACAAUAAUAGUAGUAACAACAAUAACAAUAGCCUCAGCAGCAAUGGUCCGGGUGCCAACAGCAAUAGCAAUAGCAACAGCAUGGCCAACGUGGUCUAUCUGCUGCCCUCGGUGAACAUGGGCGGUGUUCUGGAGGCGGAAGCGGAGCCGCGGGAUCACUGGCGGUCUGAAUACGGCCAGCAACAGCAGCAGCAGCAGGCGCAGGAUCAACUGCAGACGGACAACAGCGCGGUGAACAGCAAGAGUAGCAACCUCAGUGAUGAAAAUCAAAUGAGCAACAGCAACAGCAACAACACGACGAGCAGCAGCAGUCACCAAAUAAGUCACGGCAACCAGACGCCGAGCAAGCAGCCGGCGGAAGGCGGCAGCAGUGCAGCGGGGAAGAUGCCAGGCGGCGGCAGUGCAGUGGGCAGCAGCACAAGGUUCGUGGAGAACGACAACGAUUCACUCAUGCUGGACAUCAGCCUGCCAUCGCUGGGCGUUGGUGGCGCCGCAUCGUCGUCCUCGUCGCACAGCCACGACCAUAUGGACGUCGGUGUGAUUCACGCCGGUUGCCCUGGCGGCGAUGCCAAAAAGUCUCACAGUUCCCCCGCCACAAGCAGCAGCGGCAGCAGCGCCGUCGACCAAUUGCAUGUGCCCAAAGCGCUGCCCACGCACCAGCUCAGCAAUCUGAUGUCCAGUGAUCUGACUGCUGCCGCGGCCGCGGCCGCCGCUGUCGGCGCGAGCAGCAAUCACCUGGGCGUAUGCAAACUGGGUGGAACGCAAUCAGCGCAGGUCGUAAAGAAAUCGAAUGGCUUGGAGAGCAUGGAGACCGUGACGACAUCGGCGGCCUGUCGUGCGCUGGACAUCCCGGAGGCGCCCAGUGUGCCCGCGCAGUCCUUUGGGCCCGGCAGCAGCAUAAAGAAGGAGAACGAGCAAAGUGAUCUUUUGAAUGACGCUUCUAUCAAUUGUAGCAGCAACAGCAAAGGAAAUAAUAUCUGUGAUAAUGUCAGCAAUGAUAAAAAGAAUUCUGAACAAAUAUUUGAUAUUGAUAAUCCCCCAACGCCCAUGAAUGUUUCAAAUACUUCUUCGUGCCAGGAUCGACCGGCUUCCCGCAAGCUCUCCGACCUGCCGCACCUGAAGAAGAAGAGUGCGGCGUGUGGCGAUGGUGGUCCAAACUUCUCGGGAGUACCUUUUGCGCCGUCGAUGGGCCCGGCGCCGGCGGGCACUCCGGAGACUCCGGAUGGAAGUAAAGCUUUAAACAUAAAAAACACAUCGGAGAGCGGCUCGCAGGGCAAGGCGUCGGCGCUGCACGUGGGAGCUGCUGCCUCCGCGGCGACGGCGGGCGAGGCUGGCAACCGGGAGCUGGGCAUGCUGCAGAAAUCCACGCCCGAGAAGACGCUCUAUCCCGGCAUGUGCGUGCCGCCCUCCGUGUCGGCAGUGCAGUUUCCCAACGUUGGAUUACCGGCUGGAAAUGAGAAAUCUGCGUCAACAGUUGCCUCCGACAUCGAUCAAAAGAUUAUGUUCAGCGCCAAGACAACAGUUUCGAACGGCCUGCCAUCGGGGGUGCAGCGGUCAAUGGUUCCACUACUAUCUGCUGGUGCGCCGUCGCCGGCUGCGGCCACGCUGGCCAGUCCGUUUGGCGCACACAUAACCACACCGAAUGCAGCCGGACUGUCCCUGUUGAGCUCGGCCUCCAGUGUGAUUCUGGCGAGCAGCAUAAAAUCAAAUGAUAGCUUCUCACGGAGCAACAGCAGCAGCGGCAGCAGCAGCAACACUGGCAGUGCGAAUGGCCAGGGACAGUUGCCGUCGUCCGUCGCGGUAUUGCCGAGCACGCCGGAGAUUGCGAAAAGCAAUUCAGCACCAACCUCCUCGCCAACCAAUCCCAUAGUCAAUGGCUUCCUCAGCGUCUAUCCGCCGGCCAGCAAUGCGACAUCUUCGGCUGCGACCACCAGCACAUUGCCGCGCGUCUCGCCCAAUGCCAGCAAUAAGCUGGUGCCGCCACCGGUGGUCUCCACGUCCAUUUCGAUCAACCCAAACUAUGUGGGAAUCCCGCCGGGUGCCACGACGUCGACUUCGGGCAUGGGAAAGGUGGUCUUCGGCGCCGGCGGGAGUGCCAUUGUGGGCACAGGAUCACCGCUGCUUUUUCCCGGCGCACCGCCUGCUCCCAUCUCGCAUGUGGCCAGCGGGGUGCCCAUGAUCAUCCAGGCGCCGCCAUACCGAGCACCAUAUGGGAACUAUCCCCUCUACGCCCCAUACAGCGGCCUGACGCACGGCUCGUACCUGCCGCCAGUGCUGCCGGUGGCCGCUUCCAGCAUACCGCCUCCCGCCCAGCACCGCAGCUCGGAUAGCCGGAACAGCCGGGAGUCGCCGGCCGCGUUGAAGGCGCCGGCGAACCCAUCAAACAUGGCGAUGAGUGUCUCGAUGACGCCCACCCUGCGCUCCAUAACGCCACUCAACAAUAGCUGUGCAAUUUCCAGCGUCGCCUCGCAGCCCGUGGUGACGGUCGUCCCUUCGGUGGCGAACUCAUCUCAACCGCUCUCGCUGAGCAAUCCGCAUAUAUCUCAUUCCCAUCACGUGCCUGUCUACGCCAGCGGUGCAUUCUCCUCCGCGGCAGCCGUGACAACGGCCCCGAAUCCUGGGCUCUCCACUCUGGCGGUCACCUCGCUCUCCAGCUCGGCUGCCCCGCCAUCGCACUUCCCGCAGUCCCAGCAGAUGCUCUCGCAGAGCGGCAACUUCUCGUCCGUCUCGCACAUGCUGGCAACGCACCCGAUGCCAUCGCAGGGCCAACCUUUGGUGCGCUGCGGGAAUGCGCUGUAUUCAUCGGCAUCUGCAUCCGCAUCGGGCGCUUCCUCCAACUUCAGUCCCUCGGUUCUGGCCGUUCAGAGUCUAACGACAGCGGUCACGACGAGCUCCUCAUCGCCAUCGACAUCGUCAGCGUCAUCAUCUGUGAUCCAGAAGGUUAUUUCCCCCAAGGGGGAGAGUCCUUGCAGCAAAGAUCGGGAUCCCAGUUACAGUACAAAUAUGCGGUCCCACGGUGCUUCAACAAUACUGCCGCCUGUCGUCUCGCAGGGCAUUGGCAUGGGAUCCUCGUUUUGCGGCAUUGCGCCAAGUCAAUAUGGAGGUGCAGGUACCCCAGUGUUGUCCUCGAGCUCUUCAAUGCCGCCGGGACUGGGCAAUCUCUCCUCGUACUCCUCGAAGGCAGCGCUGUGGUUGAACUCUCCUGCCAACGCAGUGGUGACCACCAGUGCUCCCUCAACGCCCAUCGUCUCGAGUGGCAGUGCCCGUCCCACUCCGCCGCUCUCCAGCUGCUCAAGCAUGGGCAUCGGCAUGGUGCAGGCGGCCUCGACGGCGAGAAGUUCCUGCAACGCCAUAUCGCCUCUUUCCAUUCCUACGACCGCUGGUAUUCACGUGUCCGCCACAAAUCCCCCUUUUCAGUCCUCGUCGUCCUACUUCCCAGCACCUCUAGCGCCGCCACCCUCGUCCCCAUCGCCGGCCACCUCCUCGGCGGCCAUCAUCAGCUCCUCCGCCUCGCAGUUUCCGGCAGUGUCGCACUCGAUGAGCAGUAUUGUAACGACGGCGGGAGCCACCACCACCACCGCUUCAUCGCUGUCACAGCCCACGGUGGCGGCGAUAUCGAAUCCGGUCACAAAUGCGCCGCAUCCCUUUUCCGCGGAAUCGCUUUUUCAGCCAAGUAAAAAUGAUCAAGCUGAUUUGCUGAGGCGAGAGUUGGAUAGCAGAUUCCUGGACAGAUCUGGCCUUGCUGUCACCCCCACGCCGCCUUCCUCAACGUAUCUACGAACCGAUCUCCAGCACCAACAGCACCCACAUCUCCACCAGCAUCCGCAGUUGCUUCCGCCAGUGUCGGCUUCCUCGACUCCCCUGACGGCCGUGCAACCGAGCUCUGGCCAAAUAUUUCCCCCGCCGCUAUUCAAAGACAUCUCAAAGAUCUCCUCCGUCGAUCCCCAGUUCUAUCGCACUGGCAUGGGAUUGCCGACGGGAGGCUACUCGGGAUACACCUCGGCAGGCCUUUUGCACAGUGGCCUAGGCGGGCCCACGCCGUUCAUGCCUCCCAACCACCUGACUUCCUUUGCUCCCAAGAAAACUGGUCGCUGGAAUGCCAUGCACGUUCGCAUCGCGUGGGAAAUCUAUUACCACCAGAACAAGCAGAGCACCGAGAAGACGGGCUUUCCGACGGCGUCGUCGAGUGCCUCCUCGAUCAGCGCGCCCCUUCCGCCUGGCAACCUGAUCAGCGGGGGCGGCGGCAUGCCCAGUGGAGCCAACACGCCGGUGAACAAUAUGGCAGCCAUCCCAGCGGUCGGCGGCGGUGUCCUGGUGUCCAAUGGUCCUGCGUCGGUGCUCGGCAUGAAGUCAACGCCCACGCUGGGCCUCAACACGCCGCCGCAGCACAUUCUGCAUCGAGCGAGUGAGAUGCCGCCGUCGGCAGCGUUCGCCAGCUCCCUGCCAGGUCGGUUGGCCUUUGAGCCGUCUCCCCUGGCCGCGAGUUUCAUCGGAGCACCACCUAGUCAUAUUGGAACAGCUGUUCCCCCCUUCGGACGCUAUGUGACGCCGUUCGGUUUCACAGGGCUUACGCAUUUCGGUGGCCACCUGGACUCGUGGAGGACAAAUGCAAUGCAGCGGAGUGUCGCAUAUCACCCCUCGUCGGCGGCGGCGUCUCCCAACUGGCCGGUGAAGACGGAUCCCGGCCUGGACAACGCGCGGCGCGAGGCCGAGGAGCGGGAACGAGAGCUGCGGGACCGUGAGCAGCGGGAACGCGACCGCCAGCGACGCGAGCGGGAGGAGCGCGAGCGCAAGGAGAAGGAGGAGAAGCUGAAGCGCGAGCAGCAGGAACGGGAGCGGGAACGAGAGCGCGAUCGCAAGGAGCGCGAGCGCGAGCGGAGGGAGAUAGAGCGGCGGGAUAUGGAGCGCGAGCGGAUGCUGCAGCAGCAGCGGAUAAACGAGAGCAACAAGCAGGCGGCGGCGGUGCAGGCGGCAGCUGCUUCAGCGGCCCCAGUGCGCGAUCGCUCUCCCCACCGGAACGUGGGCGAGCUGAACACGGAGAUACGGAUCAAGGAGGAGCAUCCGCGCACCAAGGACGAGCAGGAUGUGAUGCUGCUGCGUGCCUCGGCCGCGGCAGUCGGCGUCGGCGAUCCGCGCUACCAUUCCUCCUCGCUGGCGGCGGCCCAAGCGAAUGCAGCUGCGGCGGCGGCGCACCAUCAUCAUGCCAACUUCAUGGCGGCCAGUCGGCAUGGUCUGGCGCCACCGCCAUCGCACCUGACGCGCACCAUGAUGCCGCCCACGCUGAGUGUCGGUGGACCCAUCACGCACUUCGGGGCACCCGCUCCGCCGGGCUGGGGCAUAGAUCCCUACCGCGAUCCCUAUCCCAUGCUGCGCUACAACCCCAUCAUGGAGGCUGCCCUGCGGCACGAGGCCGAGGAGCGGCAGAAGGCAAUCAACAUCUACGCAGCCCAGUCCGCGGCGCACCUGCGCAGCAAGGAGCCGAGUCCCAUUCCGCCCUCGGUGGGGUCUCUGGGCCCGCCACCGCCGCACCAUCGGAUGCAGAUAGUGUCUGGCGGCGUAGUGCAAUCGUCGGGGGUUCCGCAGCCCGGGCCGCCGAACCAGCAGCAGCAGCCCCAACAUGCUGGUGUCCCCGCCAUGGGCAAGGCGCCCGGGCCGCCGGCGCCAGGGAGCAUUCCAGUCCAGCACAUGAUUAGCGUCGACUCGAUGGGCCAGCCGUCGGUCACCGCCAAGAAGGAGGCGGACCACACGAUGGGCAUUGUCUCGAAUGCAGGCGGCGUUGGCCUGAGCUCGAUGCCCGGCGGUGUCAUCGGAAUAUCUCCAGUGUCGUCGGUGGCGCCGAGUCGAUGAUAAGAGACUCGCCACCGUUACUAGCCAAAAUUGUAGAAGCGAAUAAGACAAAGAAGUUUUCCAAAAAUUUCGAUCACCUCCACCAAAAUGCCAGCAUGUACGCCAGAGUCCCAUCCUGAUUACCUCCUCCCAGCAUCAUUCUGAGCCUGAGAGAACGCCAAUAACCGAAGCGCAACGCUUUUGUAACUAAACUAACUAUGGUUCUUGAACACACACAACACCCCACACCCCACACACCACACACCACACUGCAUUGGUUUGUGAGGUGAGGAGGAGAGACGAGAGAAGAUGUUUGUGGCAAACAAAAAUCAAAUUAAAAGAGGUUAAGACUUCCUUAUACUUCAGACCUAGCAUUCAACCUAAGCACUGAGUCCCCCGAAUUGGCAAAAUACUUUCCUCGAUCCUUAGUAGGGUCGCGCGCGAUGAAACGUCACAUAUAAGUAAUACGAACUUUACUUAUUUUUAAUAAAUACAAAUUACCAGCAUAAAAGUAAACUUAGGUUCGCAAGUUUAGUUUAAGUGUAUUUGUAUUAUUUGUAUAAUAUUAACGUAAGCCUAAGGACAGCCCCGAGACAUGUUGAGCAAGAAUAAUUAUAAUUUGAUUGUACAUACACUUAUAUACAAAGAACUCUCAUAGUUAUAUGACAUCAACAUGCAGCCUGCGGAACCCAAACUAUCAUGCACAGAUACAUAACUCUAUGUAUAUCAGUGACAGCUUCAUUCCCUUUGUGCAUUACGUGUUUAAGGACUAAUUAUCAUAUACGCAAUUUAUGUAAAAAUUGAUAAAACUAAAAAUAGAAUCAUUACAAA